UUGACUUGAGGGGAUUGGCAUCAAAAGGACACAUGGGGGGUCCUUGCCAUGUUAUCAUGGUGGAAUAAGCCAAAAGGUGGCAUUUCCUCUCACCUCCACCCCCAUUUUCGACCAACCCCAUCAAGAAAGGAGAGGGAAGCUCUCAAACCAUCCUCCAUAGCUGCAAAAUUCGAGCUCAAGCAUAAGUGCUCAAAGAAGGAAGAUUAAAGAGGGAAAAAGUUGGGAAAAGUGUGAAUAAUUAAGGCACUUGUAAAGGGUAUUUCAAGUGAUUUCUCAAAGUUGGAAAAGUCGCCGGAGUUGUUGCCGGAGUUGACCGAAAGUCGCCGGAGUUUCACCGGAGUUCAACCAAGAAGGGUAGAACUUCAUAACGCAAAUUCAAGGUUGAAGCUAGGGCUUGCUACUUGCACCUUCUCACGGGUGGUAUCAAAUCAGGAAGACGUGAAAUGGAAGGCAGGCGAAUGGGGACCAGGAACAAUCCGAGGGGGCAAGCGCCGGUAGCAUCCCAAAGGGGAAGCCGGGCUGCAUCUCGGGGUUCAAGAGGAGGCCGUGGAGGCCGUGGAAGCCGUGGAGGUCAUCAAGCUCAAACUGUGAGUGAUGGCCAUGUAAGUUCGGUGUAUGAAACCAACACCGAGGACUAUGACUCAACCUACGUUCCAGAAACGGAGCAUGAGGAGACCCCGUAUGAUGGGGGUGACACACACACCGAUGAUGAUGAUGAAGAGAGUGAUGCCAAGUUCGCCCAAAUGGGCGAAUUGCUUGAGUGGUAUCAAAAAGAAAAGCUGAGGAGAGACCUUAGGCGCCAAGCAAGGCGUGGCUCUCGGGGUGGUUCGGGUCAAGGAAGCCGGGGAGCUUCAAGGGCCACCCCCGCGGCGUCACAUGGUGGGCGUGAAGGAGGUUUUUGUGUGAGAAUCUCCAAGUACCUCAAGGAGGCUAGGGCCUUGGGGUGUAAGUCCUUUGACGGCACCGGUGACAUUACCGUUGCCGCCGAUUGGAUAAAGAAGGUGAAGGAUGCGGCAAAGGACAUGCAAAUUUCACAGGACGUGAAGUUGACUGUUGCUUCACGGCUGCUUGAGGGGAUAGCUUCCACGUGGUGGGAGAGUGUAGAAGGGAAAUACCAUGGGGAGGUCUCAUGGUUAAAUUUUGAGCAGGAAUUCUAUGACCAAUACUACACUGAUUAUGAGAAAAAUGUCAAGCGUAGGGAGUACACCAACCUCAAACAGAGGGAGGGUGUUUCUGUUAAACAGUUGGAGCAAGAUUUUAGAACCUUGGCUAGGUUCUUGCCGGAAUACGCGAUCAAUGAGGACCGCAUGUCGGAGCACUUUUGGGAUGCCUUACUCUUGGACAUCCGUGAUCGGGCUACGUACUCGCGCCACAUGACCUUUAGCGAGGUAGUGGAGCAGGGCCUUCUUGGGGAGGCUCAAUGGAAUGAGAGGAAAGAAAGAGACGCCGAGGAGGCGAAAAAGAGAAAAUGGCAUAAUUCGGGGCCGCCCGAGCAAGCACGGAAGAAUCACCACGGUGGGGGUGGUAGUACGUUCAAGACGCCGGCACCACCGGCGAAGAAGAACAAGGAUGCUCGGUGGCACGCAUCCUCCUCUCAAAAUACGGGGUCUCCUAAGUGUGCCAACUGCUCAAAGAAUCACUUCGGGAAGUGCAACGCACCCCCGAGGUGUUAUCGGUGUGGGAACACGGGCCACAUGAAGGCCAAUUGCCCACAAUUGGGGGGAGGAGGAGCUCCGGGAUCCGGAGGAGGAACCAUGACGGGGAGAAACCGUGCGGGCCCGUCAAACGGCGGUACGGGAAGAGGCGGCGCGUCCACAAGUCAUGCCGCGUCCGUAAAUCAAGGCGGGACCCAAGCACGAGUGUACGCAAUGACCGAGGCUGAUGCACGAGCAAACCCGGACUCCGUUGCAGGUAAUGCACUUAUUUUCCUGUAUUUCUAGGCUUAUUUGGGUCAUACGAGUCAUUGGGUUUGGGUGCGGGCCACCCCGGGGUCAAACCCCGCGAAUUCGGGGCGAAACGGGCUAAAAACAACUACGCGCGAUCGCGCGUACCUACAGACGCACGACCGUGCGUGCGAGGCAGCAGCCUCUGGCCAAUUUCCGCGCAGACGCACGCCGUGCGUGCAGGUAAGGCACGCCGUGCGUGGACGCACGAUCGUGCGUGACCAGCUACGCACGAUCGUGCGUAGCCGGCAGUGGCGGAUUCCGGAUUUUUCAAGCACGCACGACCGUGCGUGCCACCCAGGCAUGCCGUGCGUGGACCCCCAACACCCGAAACUUGAUUUUUUCGCCCCGUUCUUCUACGUUUGGACCCCCGUUUGAUUCCAAACAUUAGUAUGAGCCUAAUAACCUCCUAAAGAUGUGUUAAAACAUUAGAAGAUGUAUCUUACAUGUGUAUAAAUGUAGGAACAUUAAAGAUCAAUGGUAGGCGUGCGAGGAUCCUCAUUGAUCUAGGGGCACAACGCUCAUUUGUGAGUGAGGCGUUCGCCGAGGGCCUUGACGUGCCAUUGACACCUAUGACUCAAACGUUGCUAGUCUCCACACCGUUAGGAGACGACGUGGAGAGAAAUCAUUACUAUCCGUCGUGUAAGGUAGAAGUGACGGGUCAACCUUUGACUUGUGAUUUCGUACCUCUAAGCAUGUUGGAGUUCGAUGCAAUCCUAGGAAUGGAUUGGCUCGAAAAACACCAUGCCCGAGUAGAUUGCUACACCAAGGUGUUGGAGCUCGAGGAUGAUCAAGGGAACACGCUAUGCUUUGAGGGAGAUCGGGGGAAAUCUAAUGCUUGUAUCAUAUCCGUGAUGAGAGCACGGAAGAUGAUGAGAAAGGGAUGCCACGCGUACCUUGCCUACGUGGUGGACGAUACCAAGAAGGAAGUCGACAUCAAAGAUGUACAGGUCGUGUGCAAGUACCCGGAUGUCUUCCCCAAAGACCUACCGGGGCUUCCACCCGAUAGAGAGAUAGAGUUUGUAAUUGAAGUGGAGCCGGGAACCAAACCCAUUUCGAUUCCUCCUUAUCGAAUGGCACCGGCCGAACUUCAAGAGUUGAAGGUCCAACUGCAAGAAUUAUUGGACAACGGAUUCAUCAGACCCAGCCAUUCACCGUGGGGGGCACCCGUACUCUUCGUGAAGAAGAAGGAUGGUACACUAAGAAUGUGUAUUGACUACCGACAAUUGAACAAGGUCACAAUCAAGAACAGGUAUCCCUUACCGAGGAUUGAUGACUUGUUUGAUCAACUUCGGGGGGCAAUAGUGUUCUCGAAGAUUGAUUUGAGGUCGGGGUAUCAUCAGUUGAAGAUCAAGGAGAGUGACAUACCUAAGAGUGCAUUCCGCACUAGGUAUGGUCAUUACGAGUUCCUUGUGAUGUCAUUUGGUUUAACCAACGCACCGGCGGCAUUCAUGGACUUGAUGAACCGGGUGUUUAGUGAAUACUUAGAUCAAUUUGUGAUAGUAUUCAUUGAUGAUAUCUUGAUAUACUCCAAGAGUGAGGAGGAGCACGAGCAUCAUUUGGGGCUUAUACUUGAUCGGCUAAGGGAAAAGCAACUCUUUGCCAAGUUCUCUAAAUGCGAAUUUUGGCUCAAGGAGAUUGGUUUUCUCGGUCACGUCAUAUCCGGUUCGGGCGUAGCUGUGGAUAACGCCAAAAUAAAAGCUAUCAUGGAUUGGGAGAGACCCAAGAAUGUGAAGGAGAUACGUAGUUUCCUUGGCUUAGCGGGAUACUAUCGUAAAUUCGUUGAGAAAUUCUCCGUAUUGGCGUCUCCAUUAACGAAGCUCACAAAGAAAGGGGCCAAGUUCGUAUGGGACGACAAGUGUGAGAAGGGGUUCCUUGAAUUGAAGAAACGACUUACCGAAGCACCCGUCCUUGCCCUACCCAUACAAGGGAUAGGGUAUGAUAUAUACAGCGAUGCUAGCAUCCAAGGGCUUGGAUGUGUACUGAUGCAAAACGGUAAGGUGAUUGCCUAUGCUUCUAGGCAAUUGAGGAAACACGAGGUGAACUACCCUACCCAUGAUCUAGAAUUGGGGGCGGUAGUGUUUGCACUAAAAAUUUGGAGACAUUAUCUCUACGGGGAGACAUGUCACAUUUAUACCGAUCAUAAGAGCUUGAAGUAUGUAUUCACUCAAAAAGAGUUGAAUAUGAGACAAAGGAGAUGGAUGGAGUUGAUCAAGGACUAUGACUUGAUCAUCGACUAUCAUCCCGGAAAGGCCAACGUAGUGGCCGACGCACUGAGCAGGAAAAGUACGUCGGGGACGUUACUUACUUGUCUGCAGGCAUUAAGGGCACGCGUGGAGGUGUCCACGUGUGGGGCUCUCAUUGCUCAAUUUGAGGUUAGGCCCACCCUAUUGGGUGAGAUUAGUCGAAGUCAGGCCAUUGAUGAGGAAUGUCAGAAAAUCCGUGAAAGAAUC